GGCGCCGCACAGCGGGUGGCGGCGCGACGCACGCACGCACGGCUCCUCCUGUCAUGAAUCUGGCCGCCCCCGUCUCCACCUCCACCUCCACGGCCGUCCCUCUCCAUGCCCAUGGGCUCAUGCCAUUAAACCUCGCCUCCGCCUCCUCCUCCUCGCUCCGUCGCUCCCUCUUCGCCUCCCUCCGGAAGAAGAUCUCGCCGAUGGCAUCCGCCCCCGCCUCCGCCUCCGCGGCCCUCUCCACCGCCGCCCCCGCCGACAACGGCGCCGCCAAGCCCGCGGAGCAGCGGCCCGUGCAGGUGGCGAAGCGGUUGGAGAAGUUUAAAACAACAAUUUUCACACAGAUGAGCAUGCUUGCAGUGAAGCAUGGAGCAAUAAACCUUGGUCAGGGCUUUCCCAAUUUUGAUGGCCCUGACUUUGUAAAAGAAGCUGCUAUUGAGGCUAUCAAGGCUGGGAAAAAUCAGUAUGCAAGAGGGUAUGGUGUGCCUGAACUGAACUCAGCUGUUGCUGAAAGAUUUCUCAAGGACAGUGGAUUGCAGAUCGAUCCAGAUAAGGAAGUUACUGUUACAUCUGGGUGCACAGAAGCAAUAGCUGCAACGAUAUUGGGUCUGAUCAACCCUGGGGAUGAAGUGAUCUUGUUUGCUCCAUUCUAUGAUUCUUAUGAGGCUACACUGUCCAUGGCUGGUGCGAAUGUCAAAGCCAUUACACUCCGCCCUCCGGACUUUGCAGUCCCUCUUGAAGAGCUAAAGGCCGCAGUCUCAAAGAACACCAGAGCAAUAAUGAUCAACACACCUCACAACCCUACCGGGAAAAUGUUUACAAGGGAGGAGCUUGAAUUCAUUGCUGAUCUCUGCAAGGAAAAUGACGUGUUGCUCUUUGCUGAUGAGGUCUACGACAAGCUGGCGUUCGAGGCGGAUCAUAUAUCAAUGGCUUCUAUUCCCGGCAUGUAUGAGAGGACCGUCACCAUGAACUCUCUGGGGAAGACGUUCUCCUUGACCGGAUGGAAGAUCGGCUGGGCGAUAGCACCGCCGCACCUAACAUGGGGCGUGAGGCAGGCGCACUCCUUCCUCACAUUCGCCACCUCCACGCCGAUGCAAUCAGCAGCGGCGGCAGCCCUGAGAGCUCCCGACAGCUACUUUGAGGAGCUGAAGCGGGACUAUGGCGCGAAGAAAGCACUCCUGGUCGACGGGCUCAAGGCCGCGGGCUUCAUCGUCUACCCUUCGAGCGGGACCUACUUCGUGAUGGUCGACCACACCCCGUUCGGGUUUGACAACGACAUCGAGUUCUGCGAGUACCUGAUCCGCGAGGUGGGCGUGGUGGCCAUCCCGCCGAGCGUGUUCUACCUGAACCCCGAGGACGGGAAGAACCUGGUGAGGUUCACCUUCUGCAAGGACGACGGCACGCUGAGGGCCGCGGUGGACCGGAUGAAGGCCAAGCUGAGGAAGAAAUGAAAUGAUUGGGCGGCGCGGUUUCGUGUAGCUGUUGAUUGAUUGUUUGAAUAAAGUCCUGCCUGAUCUGAUCCGCAUUCCGGUGCGAUGCAUGUAGUAACACUUUCCUGGCGGCGGUUAUCUGUAUGUCCUGUCUGUGACUUCA